GUGUCACUGUCGUCAUGGAGGAGCAGGAAGUAGUGAGCGGGGAAAAUAAAGCUCUCCGGUCUCUAAACGCUGAAGUCAAAACCCACGUUAAUUUUAUUAAUCAGUCGAAACAAAGCGCCCGAGCAUGGUGGUUGGAUUAUUCCGGACAUCCAGUUUCUUAUGGCGAUAUACGAACGAACGGGUUAUUACGAAUGAAUACUUUUCUGACGCAUCCGUGGGUUUUCAGAGCCUCUCGAAAUGGGGAGAAACUUUUAGCUAAUCAGCUAGAUGUUUAUAUGCCAACAGCUGCCACCGAAUAUGAAGAGAAUGGUGACCCCAAGUUUCUGAAUGUUGUCAUAGCUACCCCAGUGUACUCUCUGCAGGAGUGUUGUCUGAUGCUAAUCCGUAAUCUGGUAGAAGAGGAGGACUACGGCAGACUGGACAUCCCCGAGUCACUGAAGACAGACCUCAGACAACAGCCUGACUUACUGAAGGAGCUGGGACUCAUCAACCGUCUCAGAAUGUUGACCUAGGAUCAGUUGUAUCAUUUAGAUCACAAUGAAUCAGAUUACAUGGACAGGAGGGGAUGACCUGAUCCUAGAUCAGCUCUCAUACUCUGAGAAGCUUUAUGCAUAACAGGCUACUGAAUAAUGGACUUUCUGUUGACCAAAUGUUGGGGAUCAUGGCUAGGACAGCAAUGUUCAAGUCUUGCCAUGGAUUCUUAAGCAGAUUUAAGUCAAAACUGUACCUUGGCCACUCAGGAACGUUCACCAUCUCCUUGGUAAGCCACUCCUGUCUAGAUUUGGCUUUGUGUUGAAGGUUAUUGUCCUGCUAAAAGUUGAAUUCCUCUCUCAGUCUCUGGUGUAAAGCAGACUGAAGCAGGUUUUUUUCCCUCUAGGGUUUUGCCUGUGCUGAGCUCCAUCCCGGUUCAUUUUAUCCUGAAAAACUCCACAGUAUUUUCCAAUGGCAAGCAUACCCAUACCAUGAUGCAGACACCACCAGGCUUAAAGACAAGGAAGCAGUUGUUAACCUCUAUUAUUUCACACAGUGAGUCCAUGUCACUUAUGUGUUUUGUUAAACCACAUUUGACUCCUGCACUAAUAUUAUGUUUGCCUAAACAAAGUGGCUGAAUACUUAUGCAACAAUUAUAUUUUAGUUAUUUAUCAGUUAUUUUUCUUCCACUUUGACAUUGCAGAGUAUUUUGUGUAAAUUAAUGAUUAAAAAAAAAAGGACAAAUCCAUUUUAAUUCCAAUUUGUAAAACAAUAAAAUGCAAAAUAAUCCAAAGGGGUCUGAAUAAUUUUGAAAAACACUGUUGGUGCGUUCACCUGGUCUAGUGGUAUAACUGGUUCUAUACAGGUGAGUGUUCACCUGGUCUAGUGGUAUAACUGGUUCUGUACAGGUGAGUGUUCACCUGGUCUAAUGGUAUAACUGGUUCUAUACAGGUGAGUGUUCACCUGGUCUAGUGGUCUAACUGGUUCUAUACAGGUGAGUGUUCACCUGGUCUAGUGGUCUAACUGGUUCUAUACAGGUCAGUGUUCACCUGGUCUAGUGGUAUAACUGGUUCUAUACAGGUGAGUGUUCACCUGGUCUAGUGGUAUAACUGGUUCAAUACAGG